CAUAUGUUAAUUAAGUUUUUUGCUGAAAUUUACUAAAUUCUGGAAUGAUUUUCUGUUGCCGGUGCUUUCAAAAUUAUAUUCUUUAUGUUACAUUGCUGCACGGAAUGGGAUAAAGGUUUGAUGUUGUUGUUGUAUGUUACAUUGUUCCAAAAUACACCGAUGUUUAUGUUUAUAGGCUAACAGAAUAGAAUAUUCCCUGCAUCUAUACAAAUGGUAUUUGUUUACCAUAUAUUAUGAUUUACUGAAAUAUUAUCUUGAUUUUUUUCUCUGAUUGCAGAGGUAUCACCCAACAAGAGUACUUACUAUUGUUUAUCAGCCUUUUGCCUUUGUUACUGUUGCAAUACUUGCAUAUAAUGAAGCAAAGCUCAAUACCAGAAAAAGGAACUUAUUUGGCUAUACCCUAUUCUUUAUAAGUACAGUGCUUGUGAUUAUUUUAGAUUUGGCAACCUCUGGAAGAGGAGGGAUAGGAACCUUCAUUGGGGUAUGUGUUCUUAGUGCAGCUUUUGGUAUUGCUGAUGCUCAUGUUCAAGGGGGCAUGGUUGGUGAUCUUGCUCUUAUGCAACCUGAGUUCAUUCAGUCAUUCAUGGCUGGUUUGGCUGCAUCAGGAGCUUUAACAUCUGCAUUAAGGUUGAUUACAAAGGCAUCUUUUGAGCACAAACAUGAUGGCCUUAGAAAGGGAGCAAUGCUGUUCUUCGCAGUCGCAUCAUUUCUGGAACUGUUAUGUGUUCUUCUUUACGCGUACGUCUUUCCGAAACUGUCUAUUGUGAGAUACUAUCGAGCGAAGGCUGCUUCAGAAGGGUCGAAGACAGUUUCUGCUGACCUCGCAGCUGCUGGCGUAGAAGUGAAGAAUGAACAAGUGGUUGAAGAAGAUCCAAAACGCAUAGAACUUUUGACAUUGAAGCAGUUGUUGAUGAAGAAUUUGGAUUAUGCAUUGGAUUUGUACCUGAUUUAUGCUCUUACAUUGUCUAUUUUCCCUGGAUUUCUGUCUGAAGAUACUGGAAACCAUGCACUGGGAUCAUGGUAUGUUCAUAUUUGUUUUGUUUUUUCCAGCUUUAAAGUUCAGAAGCAAAAACAACAACAUCAAUCCU